CUCUAAGCUAAAGAAAAUUGUUUCUUGAUACGCAGGGGCAGCAAGUGCCUGUUUUGGCUUUUGGGGUCUCCUUAAAAGAAGCAAAAUACUCGCAUACUCUGUGUGAUCAAUGGAGGGAAGAAUAUAAGGGGCCUCGCUCUCCCAACCUUUAUUUUGAUAAACUUUUUGAGAGAGAAUAGAGAUUGAGCUUGUAGAGAGAUAAAGCGGUGUAGAAAGCACCUCGACUCAGUCAGUGACCAUGUCUCUGGGCUAUGCAGAGAAGCUUUCGUACAUAGAAGAUGUGGGAAAAGUUGGCAUGGUUGAGUAUUUCGACUCGCCUCGCAUCUUGCAAGAAAAAAUUGAACGACUUGCCAUGAUGAUACAAAAGAGUAAGCAUCUAGUGGCGUUUACAGGCGCAGGAAUAUCAACUUCUUGUGGUAUACCUGAUUUUCGAGGCCCCAAGGGGAUAUGGACGCUUCAGCGUGAAGGCCAAGCCUUGCCUGAAGCGUCAUUGCCAUUUCACCGUGCGAUGCCGAGCCUGACUCAUAUGGCUUUGGUUGAACUAGAGAAGGCUGGUAUUUUGAAGUUUCUAAUUAGUCAGAAUGUUGAUGGUCUCCAUCUUCGGUCUGGAAUUCCAAGGGAGAAACUUGCUGAAUUGCAUGGAAAUUCGUUUAUGGAAGCUUGCCCUUCAUGUGGAGCCGAGUACUUGCGGGAUUUUGAAGUGGAAACUAUUGGUUUGAAGGAGACAUCGAGGCGGUGUUUUGAUGUAAAAUGUGGAGCAAAGCUUAAGGAUACAGUUCUUGACUGGGAGGAUGCAUUACCCUCAAAGGAGAUGGACGCUGCUGAGAACCACUGCAGGAUGGCUGAUGUUGUAUUAUGUUUGGGGUGCAGUUUGCAAAUAACUCCAGCUUGUAACCUUCCUCUUAAAUCAAUCCGUAGUGGGGAGAUUGUGAUUGUGAAUCUCCAGAAAACUCCAAAGGACAAGAAAGCAAGUUUAGUGAUCCAUGGGCGUGUAGAUAAGGUUAUUGCAGGCGUCAUGGACAGACUUAACCUGCAGAUUCCACCAUUUAUCAGGAUCGAUCUUCUCCAGGUCAUUCUAACUCAAGCCUUGAGUAUAGAUAAAAAAUAUGUGAACUGGACCCUCCAAGUAGCAAGUGUACAUGGACACAGAGCUCCAUUGCCAUUCAUCGAAUCUGUUGAGGUUUCCUUCUUGGACAAGCAAGAUUAUAAAGCCGCCAUUCUACAUAUGCAACCUUUUCGGCUAAAAAGGAGAACCAUGCGGACAAGAUCAUUUGAAUUGGUUUUAAGACUCAACUUCAGUGAUGGUUGUGGAUGCCAGUCUGCUGAAAUGAAUGUCCCUGUUGAUUUUAAGGUUUCAACUGACUGUUUAGACCUUGAGAAAGAUGUCAUACUUCAAAAGCUUAGAGACACAGCAAUGCAAGAUUUAUGCUGCGGACUAAAUGCGGUUGUUGAAAGAAAGGCCACCUUGACCCCAAAAAGUGAGGCAACUGUCUAUGCCAUUGUGACAAACAUUUUUCAGCACAAUAAAAGCUCCAAAGCUUUAGCUGAUUCUGUCUGCAAUGGUGAUGUUAAAAGGCAAAAAGAAGGUGUGAACGGUACUGGAACAUCUGGGAAGCGCUCAAAAGGGCGUAAGCGCAAAUCUAGAUAUUAGAAAAUGAAGGGUUGUGAUUUGAGUUGUGUAUAUAUGAUAUUCAUUAAAGCUAACAACAAGAACUUAUGAAGGGGCGGGUGAAUUUUGUUAGAGACAACACUCGAUCUCCCCCAGCUUAUGCGUCGGGCAAUUGGUAUUGAUUAUUGGCCGGGCAAGCUUCAUUUAUUUUUGUAAGUUUGGAUUUUGAGAUCAUUAUGUUAUCCAUAGUGAGCAUUUACU